AUUAACAGGAAAAAAAAAUCAUAAACUGGGUGUGGGACUCCUAUAAGGAAGAACUAGGGAGGAGACCAGAGCACAGAAAGGAAAAGGGGAGCAGAUAAUGCAGAACUCAAAUGUCCGCUUUCUAUUUAACUGGUGUGGCAAGAACUUAACCUGUUUACAGGGAAACAUUUUAAUUAAAAAACCAGAAUGAUACAAAAUAAAGAAGGCAUACAUUAAAUGGAUUGAAAACUGGCUAAUUGACAGGUCUCAACAUGCAAUUACAAAUUAUCGAGCGGGUAAGUUUCUAGUAGGGUCCCGCCGAGCUCAGUUCCCGGGCCUAUGCUAUUUAACAUUUUUAUCAAUGACCUGGAAGAAAAUAUAAAAUCAUCACUGACAGAGUUUGCAGAUGAGACAGAAGUGGUAAAUAAUGAAGAGAACAGGUCACUGAUACAGAGUGAUCUGGAUCACUUGGUAAACGGCACAAGCAAACUAUUGUGUUUUAAAACUCAUAAUAUUAAUUUGAAGUUAUACACCUUGGCUUAUGUUCUUUGUUCCUUUCUUACAGGUUGGGGGACUCUAUCCUGGGAAGCAGUGACUGAAAAAUAAUUCAAUUCUUGGAUGUGUAAGGAGGGGAAUAUUGAAUAGGAAGGCUUUAUUAGAUCAUUAUUUGGCACUGGGUGAACUGCUGCUGGAAUACUCUGUCCAGUGUGACAAUGAUUAAAAGAUUAGAAAACGUGCCUUAUAAUGACAGACUCAAGCUCAAUCUGUUUAGCUUAAGGAAGAGAAGGUUAAAGGGUAACUUAAUUACAGUCUAUAGGUACCUAUGUGAGGAACAAAAUACAAUAAUGGGCUCUUCAAUUUAACAUUUGGAAGUUGAAACUAGACAAAUUUAGACUGGAAACAAGGUGCAAAUGUUUAACAGUGAUGGUAAUUAUCCAUUGGAACAAUUUCCAAAGGUUGUGGUGGAUUCCCACCACUGGCAAUUUUUAAAUCAAGAUUGGAUGUUUUUCUAAAAGAUAUGCUCUAGUGCAAACAGGAAUUACUUCAGGGAAGUUCUAUGGCCUGAGUCAUUCAGGAGGUCUGACUAGAUGAUCACAAACGUGACUGUCCUUUCUGGCCUCAGAAUCUAUGAAAUAAAAGCCUAGAGGUAAAAUAUGUAGAGGAGGGAGGAUAUGCUUUCUUCCCCACUCUGUGCUCGCGAGCAUUGGUUUUGUUUUGGCUUUCUUUAGGCUGCUGCAAAUCCUUGUGUUUGGGACUUGACUUAGAGCUGCCUUUUCUAGUGAAGGACAGUUGUCUUCAGCAUAGUCAUGAAAAGUUAUGACUUCUCUUGUGAGAGGGAAGCAGUAGUCAGAGCAGUCAACAGGCUUUCUAGGUUUUAUACAAUUCCCAGCUUCGCUUUGAGCCUAUGCAUCCCACCAAUUAGGUAGAAAAUAUUCUUGUGGCCACAGCUAGAAACAUGACAUAUAAAACACGUCCAGUGCUGUUGUAUGGUGGGAAUAUAGAAAGCUGUGGGACAGCAUGUAUUGUGCUGUAAGUAGUACUUUUCAGCAAUUUAUCCAUUAUUGCAGAUAGCACUUCACAAAGCACGCUCCCUGCUGCAACCCCACAAAGUUGCUUGGGGCAAAGUACCAUGAAUAAUAGUACAUGUAACAUUAUCAAAAGACUACUGUGAUAAGCCAGAAAAAUAAGGUGUGGUCAGUGAAACAGAAGGAAAACUUUUGCAUAAGUGGGAGUGGGGAGCUUGAGUGAAAUGAAUAAGAAGUGAAGGGCCCUGCCAAGCUAAGACAUAAUGCUAGAACUGCUAAAGGACGGUGGUAGAGUCCAAACAGCUAUCCUAAUGGAGUCAGAGCACAGCACUUGGCUUAAGGAAAAGCUCAUGACUAUCCAGAGUAUUUACUGAGGAAACUAGUGUUAUGACUGGGGCCAAAUCCCUUCUGGUGAGAGAAAGCUGGGGGUUUAUAACUGAAGUUAUGCUUGUAGCUGCAGCCUACUCACUCAUCCAUACUAUCCUUGCCUACAAGGCCUCACUUAGUGCUACUCAGACUAGAGGCUAAAGUGCUGGUGGAGCUGGAAGGGGAACUAUGUAACAAUAAGGGAGAAGAGUCCUGACCUAAUGUUGGUUGGACCAGUGAGAGAUGGAUUUGCAUUGCCUUGAAAUAUUUCAAGUUCUGUGGGAAAUGUACAUUUUUCCUCCACUGGUGAGCAUGAACCCAAAGUUGUCCAGGGCUCAAGUGUCUUCAAAGCCCUAGUAGACACUGGUAGAUCCCACUGGAGGAACAGACCAACUUUCUUCACAACAACUAACUUUGAAAUGCUUUGGGAUUGCUACUGACCCUGACAUAUUCUAGCAUGAAUUAGCAGAGCAAGUCCCAGUGCAGUGAUCUGGUCAACUCUAAUUUACAGAUGUGCAGAAGAGGAGCAGCCAGAGAACGCUUUUAACUUUACCUGAGCGUCUGUCUUGAAAUCAACAAAGAAAAAAUAAAAACUAUAACUGAAUACCCUCCUGCGGCAGUGGUUUUCAAACCGAUACGUGGAGAAUUUGCUGGUGCUCCACAGGGAACUACCUGGUCACAUACUGCCAACUUCCCCCCUAGUGCUAAAUUGCAUUAAAAUCACCUAAAUAUUUUCCUAACAUAAUUUUGUAUGCCAGCAACUGCUGUAGUUAUUGCAAGCAGAAGAUGUAAUGGCGAGGGGGAGGUGUGCACAAGACCAUCUCUACUACAAUGUUCACUCUCCAAAAAAGGUUGAGAGAUUCCAUCAUAGAUUAAAGGGUUUAAUGAGGAGUAACUGGAGCUGAAGGAAGUGAGGAAGAAUAGCCUGACUUCAGAAAUCCAAAACAGUUCCCUCAGGAGAGAGAUUCUGAGCCUCCCACUUCCUAAGCCACUGGAUUUUCUGUGGAUCACAAAUACCUUUUCCAUAGAGUGGUAUCUACAUUUGUAACUAAAUGCAACCACAUUCAUUGCCAGUGGCAGCCCUAGGGCCAUGCAGCGCAUAAGGCCCUGCGCUACAUGCUCAGACCCAAACCAUCAGCCAGAGCAUUAGCUCUGAGCCUCAUAACAAUAGUUUAACUGAUUCUGGUGGCAGCAUCUACAGCAGAGUGGAAUCCUCCAUCUUGCUGCUAAGAAAGUUCUACUUCCUGUCUUCCUAAUCUAGGGGAGAGAGGGUUUGUUUUUUUUCCAGAGGCCACAAAGCUUUAGCCUGAGUGGGACUGUAAAUGAGGAAAGGGGCUGUCACGGGCGCACAGGGGUAGAGACCUGGUAAUAGCUGGGGAGGGAUCUAGGUGGGAUUUUGUAUAAAUAACUACAAAACUGAAGGCUGGUUUUGUUUAUUGUGAUGCAGAAGUCAGUCACACAAGUGGGCAGUGAGUUAGCUGAAGGCUGAUUGGUUUUUGUCUUUGUUGUCUGACAGAUCAUUGUACUAAACUUUCCCUCCAGGAGUGUUUCUACUGGAAAGAAAGAAUGACCUUUCCUUUGUCAGGCUGUAUAUCUUGGAUGCUGCUGUCCUGCUGUGGAGCCUAUAAAGACUGCCAGCCCCGUUGUGCUGUGAUAUUUCAAGAUUGUUUUGAAAAUUCCAAACUCAGUAAAUGGAAAAUUUAAAAGAAAGCCAAGGAGCUUAGGAGAAGCAUGGGAGGGGCAAGGGAGGGAGGAGAGGGUUGUAUCCACACUCUACAGAGAAAUUAGAUUAAACUCCAGUUUGUCACAUGUGUUUAAAUGGAAAAUCCCUUGGAAUUAGAAACUUCCCAUUAAAAUACUUAGGUGGAAAAAUCAGAAUUUGGAAAAGAGGCUUUAAGAAUUCUGCCAAAAACCAAACAACAAAGUCUUUAAGUUUCCAGAUUGCAAUGGAAAAUACCCUUUGGGAACAAAGAAUUCAACAACAGGCCCUUCCCAGGACUGGAGUCAGAGAGAGGGAGAAGGGAGGAUCCAUUCCAGUAGAGGCUGCUGUGAUCAGAGAAAGGGAGGAGAGACGCCACAGUAAACAGUUCUCGCUUCACCCAAGACAUUUAUCUACAGAACUGGUGAGGACUCCUACCUGGCAUGGCGCUCCUGCUCCAGCUGCAGCUCAGAGCCUGGCUGUGGACAGCACUGGUCCUCUAUGUGUUUGCUGGAUCCUGGAAGCAGACAGAUGGGCAACUUCACACGGAGGACCAUGCUGAUGUGAAUGUGUUUCAUAACAAGCUGGAGGAUGCCAACGUCAUGCUAGAGUUGCUCUGGGAAGGACUGGAGAUUGAGGCUAACGAGACAGUCAGGCUGCAGGAUGAGGAAUUGGCCUCUCUGCGCUCAGCAAAGCGAUUUCUCCAGAUCUUCCAGCACCAGGUUCCCAAGACAUCAGAAGGAAUCAAGGAGCAGCUGAAACAUCUUUCACAGGCAGAUGCCCCUCUGAGUCCAGUAGAGUUCGAUCAGCUUCUCUUCACCAGCGUUUACUGCGCUUAUCAGAUUCGCUCCAUUCAGGGCCUGGACAAAAAUCUCUGGAUCAGUUUCUUUUCUCAAUUAGUUGAUGAAAUCCUCCAUGAUCUCUGCAAGGGAUUCUGCCCUGCAAAUUCCACUCUCCUGGCUUCCUGGCCCUGGAAGGAGAAGCCUUUUUAUUUAACCUCACUGAAAAAGUCAUAUCAUUCCAACCUGGCCAUGAUGAAGAGAGGCACUGAGUAAGGAGACUGACAAGAUGAGAUUCAAUUGCAUUCUUGUUAUUCUGAAUGCUGCCAGUCAUCCCAGAUUAUGCUGGUUACUGUGCAAAAGUGCCACCAUUCUUCCUCUUUUGCUUUCUGUAUUAUACUGGCAAAAUUCCAGGCAUUUAUCCAACCAGCUAUUGUCCCAUCUUUAAAUGUGAAACAAGGCCUGGGAUGUCUCCCUAGGAUCUCCGUAGAAAACACACUUCUGAGAUGCACUUCUGCCUUGAUCACCGAUCGCCAUUAGAGAUGUCACAGCACUUUUUCCAGAAGUCCAGGUAUUAGCAUGUAAUGGCUGAAUUCCAUCUCAGGUAAUUCCAUUUUGCCUCCCUAAAUUCCCAGUUGGAUACAGUAUUUUUCCCUUACUACAGUAACUCACUGUACAGCAUAGCUGUGCUGUUCAUACAAUUGCUGUGGUCCACUUUAUAGGUGGCUACACUCUGUGGUGAUUCAUAUUAAGUUCUGACUCAUUUUAUCUGUCAUCCCAUACCAGGUGCCUGGAACAGUUUCCCAAGUAAUAUGCACCCAUUUCCUUCGAAAAACUCCUGCAAAUGUACUGAUUCCAUGAACCCUUCUGGUAUAGAUAUCAUUACCCACUUUGUAUUAGUACAGAAUGGGUAUUUGCUUGUUUCUCAUCUACUAAACUUUUGAGGGCAGGGAUCCAGUUAUUUGUACAGAAGAUUUUACCUCUUGUAGAGAGUUUUCUUCUACAUCUGUGGUACUUUACAAAUAAAGUAAUUGGAACAGUA